AGACUUUGGAGUCUAGACUCUAAACUCGCUUUGUGGUUGUUUUUUAUCUGCAGUUUCCUAGGAAAUCCAAACAACGCCAAAAAAAAAAAAAAAAUACAAAAACAGAAACAGAAAUCUUGACCACGUUUGCACACGCAUCCGGCCAGGGAGCUGAAAAACUUACACGUCUUGAGUCGUGUAAUAUGCAAACUAGUCGGAGGGCGAUAACUGUACAGAUAAGGCACACUGUACGUGUACAAAUUGCAGACACUGUAAUGCAAUUUAUGUUGCUGGCACGAUCCUAACAAACGGCUUACCUGCACAAAACUAAAGCAACCUGAAAGAGACUUUUAGGAAUCACAGCUGCUGGAAAGGAUUUCAACUACAUCGUUAGACCACUUUCCGCACAUUCCGCAGACACCAAUCAAACGGACAACAAGUAUUACACAGUUCUGUAGACACUUUUCGCUUAAACACAAUGCUACGAAAUAAGAAGUUUUAUAAACACGCCUUGGAGGCGCAAAGGAUUAAGCAACAAGAGCCACUGCCUCCCAAUUAUAUAGACAAUCUACAUGAAAUAUUCUUUGAGCAAAUUUUCGAGCGAAUCGAUUACAUCAGUGAUCAAGUGAGAAUGGCUCGCGCCUAUCCCCAAUUUCUGCCACAAAUCUUGAAAAUGUGGCAGAAGCGUUGGCAUUAUCGGAUUGUUGGCCCAAACACACCAUUUCUCGGUCUGCUGGAUAUCGAGGAUUAUGUGUUCUUCAUGGAGCAUAUGGCCGAUCGUUUCACCGAGCUGCAUGUCCACGAGGAUGGUGUUGGCUCCUUUGCCGAGUUCUACGAUUACAUAACACACUUGUGCGAUAUUAAUAUAAUGCGUUUCAAUAAUGUGGAAUGUUGUGUUCUGGGGGGAAAUCCCAAUACUAUGGUGGAUGAGGAUAUCCGUGAUUUGACAGUGAUGUUGCCGAAUCUGAAACGCCUGACGAGCUGCAUGAAUCUAUCCGGCCUGUUUAUGCGUGGAUUCAGGAAGCUGGAGCAACUGGUCUUCAAGUCGAUGUAUCAUUCGGUGCCAUUGGACAGCCGCUGGAUGCAGGAGAUCUGUCUGAGCAUGACCCAAUUGCGGGUCCUCGACAUCACCGACUCUUUUGAUAGCUGUGUGCGACUGCAUGACAUUAAGCUGCCCAAUCUCCAGGUGCUUAAGAUCAAUCUGAGCAGUGUGGAGUGUAUUGUAUCCCAGGUGCUCCAGUUGCCCAAGUUGCGCAAAUUGGCCGUCCGUUUCGAUGAUUCGCGACAGCUGCACGCGGAUCAGGAGACCAUCUUCCAGCAGAUCAUUGUGGCGAAGAGUGAGUGUAUCACACGAAUCGCCCUGAACAAUGAGGUGGUGCAGUUGCCGCCCCGUUGGCAGCAUAGUCUGCUGCUGGAGUUGCCCAAGCUGCGGGCUUUGGUCUGUGAGAAUUGGUAUCAUGAUGAUUUCUUUUUGGAUAACCGCCAUAUGCCCUGCGAACAGAUGCAGGUGCUCAGCUUCAGUGGCUGGGAAGUGGUGCGAGAGUUUCAGUUACUCGAACUGGUCUCCGAGUGUCCUCAGCUCACCCAGUUGGCCCUAAAUACGUAUCACAGUACUGUGGAUAAAUUGGUAAAGUUACACAGCAUUCGCAGCUUGGAGCGCAAUGCGAAACCACUUCAGGUGUACAGUGACAUCAUGUGGACUCAUUUGUCGCCCAACGAGUAUCAGCAUUGGAGGUCCAAUAAGUAUGUGCAAGUGACCUGCGAUGGCAGCGACUAUGAUUACCAGGAGGAUGGAUUCGAGUUUGAUUUUGUCUAAAAUUCAGUUUAUACUCUACAGAUUGUAAAUACUUCAUAGCACUUAAGUUCUUGGAAUAUUGUACAAACAGUUGCUUGGAACAUAUAAUAAUAUAAUACAAC